AUGUCUGGCAAUGCUUCUCCUUUACCUCAAUUUAUUGAACAAAUAAUUCAGCCAGUGAACAUGGAGCGGUUACUACGGCCCGAGCGGUUUGCUACUGACCCAAACGCCACCAACGCCGCUCAGGAAUGGCGUCACUGGCUCAAGACGUUCCAAAACUUCACUCUAGCAGUAGAAGAAAAUACUCCCACCGUGGACAAGCUGCGUCUCUUAAUAAACUACGUUGCUCCACGUGUGUUCGACUACAUAGCUGACUGCACUACGUAUGAUGCUGCUGAAAAAUCCCUAACAGAACUGUUUGUGAAGCCCAAGAAUGAAGUAUUCGCAAGGUAUGUGCUUGCAACACGACGCCAAGAACCCGGUGAGUCGCUUGAUCAGUUUCUUCAGGCUUUAAAGUUAUUAGCUAAAGAUUGCCAGUUCAAAGCAGUGACUGCUGUAGAAGCCUGUGAUAACUAUGUGAGAGAUGCUUUCAUUAAUGGGCUAGGUUCUGCCACAAUAAGGCAGCGCUUACUUGAAAAUAAAACUUUAGACUUACAGUCAGCCUUUGACCAGGCUCGCACUCUAGAAACGGCACAGAAACUUUCUGCCUCUUAUGCUCAGCCAGGGGCUACAAAUGCUGCCAUGGCACUCUCAUUAGACCUGGAGGACUCAGGAGGACAAGAAAGUGUAGAAGAAAAGGUUGACACAGUUUCUGCAGCUACAACUAGUGGUUUAAAGUGCUUCUUUUGUGGUCACACUCGACAUCCUCGCAGUCGAUGUCCAGCUAGAGAGGCUCUGUGUAUGAAUUGCAAGAAAAAGGGUCAUUAUGCUAAGGUCUGCCGAUCUCUGAAACAGACUAACAGCGCUUCAAACACCCAACAUUCCGCUGCUAUGCUCGCUACUUUAGCUGGGACUUCGCCCUCAUGCCUCAAUAAAUCAGUGCUUAGUUCUAAGAUCAAUGGUAUUCCAGUUAGUGCACUGAUUGACACUGGUAGCUCUGAGAACUUUAUUCAUAAGAAUAUUGCCGAGCAGAGUGGGUUACUCGUCUAUCCUGACAAUGGGGCAGUUUCUAUGGCUACUGUAUCGUUCUCUUCAAAAUUCCUGGGUCAGUGUUCUGUAGACUUAGAAUUGCAAGGAGAAACUUACCAUGGUGUGAAUCUCAAAGUGUUACCCGAUUUGUGUGCUGAUGUGAUUUUAGGUCAUAACUUUUUACAAAAUCAUUCUGUGCUCGAGAUGGCUUUUGGAGGAGAUAGACCUCCCCUUAGAAUAUGUGGAUUAGCUGCCGUCAAAGUUCCGGCUCCAUCUCUCUUCAGUAAUUUAGCACCAGACUGCAAGCCGAUUGCUGUAAAAUCCAGACGCUAUUCUGAGGCUGACAAGUUGUUUAUUGAAUCUGAGACCGCUCGGAUGCUACGUGAAGAGAUAAUUAGACCCAGUCAUUCUCCAUGGAGAGCCCAGGUAUUAGUAACUAAAGGAGAACAUCACAAGAAAAGAAUGGUUGUAGAUUAUUCACAAACAAUCAAUCGAUUCACGGGGCUGGAUGCCUACCCCUUACCACAUAUAGAUGAGAUUGUGAAUAAUGUUGCUAGAUUUAAAGUAUACAGCAUGCUAGACUUGAGAAGUGCUUACCAUCAAGUGGGUUUAACAGAGGAAGAAAAACCCUAUACAGCCUUUGAAGCUUGUGGGAAGCUUUUUGAAUUUAAUCGUAUCCCUUUUGGGGUCACUAAUGGAGUGGCUAGUUUUCAAAGGGUAAUUGAUGGCAUCCUUGAGAAAGAAGGAGUGGAGGGUACCUUCGCUUACAUAGAUGAUGUCUGUGUGUGUGGAGAUUCUGAGGAAGACCAUGAUAAAAAUCUGAAACAUUUUAUGGACGUUGCGAGAAGGUAUAACCUGACCCUGAAUCUUGAAAAGUGUAGUUUUCGACUCAGGUCUAUAAAGCUGUUGGGAUAUCUUAUACAAGAAGGAGAAAUUAGACCAGACCCGGAACGCCUCGAGCCACUGUUAAAACUUCCACUACCAAGUAACACAGGUUCUUUACGCAGAACAAUGGGAAUGCUUGCACAUUACUCCCGUUGGGUGCUGAGUUUUUCUGAGAAGAUCCGUCCUCUCUCUCAUGCCAAUGAUUUUCCCUUAUCUGCUGCCGCUGCGAAAGCUUUUGAAGGAUUGAAACAAGACAUUGCUGAGGCAGUGGUUCGAGCAAUCGACCCAACAGCUCCUUUCGCUGUGGAAACCGAUGCUUCAGAUCAUGCUAUUGCCGCUACCCUAACCCAGAAUGAACAACCAGUAGCUUUCUUCUCCCGAACACUUUCAAAUAGUGAACAAAGGCACUCAUCAGUGGAGAAGGAAGCGUAUGCCAUUGUGGAAGCCCUAAGGAAGUGGCGACACUAUCUCAUUGGACGCCAUUUUCGGCUUGUGACUGACCAGCGCAGUGUUGCUUUUAUGUUUAACUCUAAAUCAGCUGGUAAGAUUAAAAAUGAUAAAAUUGCUAGAUGGCGAGUCGAACUCUCCUGUUACCACUAUGACAUUGUAUAUCGCCCAGGUAAAAAGAACAUACCAGCUGAUGCAUUCUCACGUGUAUGUGGUGCCACCAGUGUGGAUGAAUUAAAGGAAUUGCAUGACAAUCUGUGUCACCCUGGAGUGUCUCGUAUGGCUCAUUUUGUCCGAUGUCGAAAUCUGCCUUAUUCUGUGGAAGAAGUGAAGAAGAUGACUAAUUCUUGCUCUGCAUGCUCUGAACUUAAACCUCGGUUUUGCAAGUUUGAUUCUGGGCAUUUGAUUAAAGCUACUCAGCCAUUUGAAAGACUCAACAUAGAUUUUAAAGGACCACUUCCAUCACAUUCAAGGAAUAAAUAUAUCCUUACUGUUGUAGAUGAAUUCUCUAGAUUCCCUUUUGCAUUCCCUUGUUCAGAUAUGACUACUGGUACAGUAAUUCAGUGCCUGGUGCAGUUGUUUGCAAUCUUUGGUAUGCCUGCAUAUAUACACUCUGAUAGGGGAACUUCGUUUAUGUCUGAGGAGUUGAAAGAUUUUCUACUAAAAAAAGGGGUAGCAACUAGCCGUACGACUCCUUACAACCCUAGAGGAAAUGGCCAGGCUGAGAAGUACAAUGGGAUUAUUUGGAAGACAGUGCUGCUAGCUCUUAGGACGAGAGGCUUAGAUGUAUCCCAAUGGGAAGUUGUUCUUCCUGAUGCACUCCACUCUAUUCGAUCACUGUUGUGUACCUCUACAAAUUGUACACCACAUGAACGAUUCUUCCAGCAUACAAGAAGAUCAACUUCAGGGCGAGCACUACCUACGUGGCUUGCUUGCAGAGGCCCUGUCCUCCUGAAACGUCAGGUGCGGCAAAGCAAAAAUGAUCCUCUAGUUGAUGAGGUUGAGGUCGUAGACGUGAAUCCGGAAUAUGCCCAUGUCAAGUUCCCGGAUGGCAGGAUUACUACUGUAUCAUUAAGACACCUCGCACCCAUGGCCACAGAGGGCUGCGAGAGUUUGGACCCCAAUCUCAACAUUCAACAGCAACACCCAGCGAUUGUGAAAGCUGGGGUAAACCCCAAUCCGCCUCAUCCUGAACUACCUCAUCUGGAACUACCUCAUCCUGAACUACUUCGUUCUGAACCACCUAACCUAGAAACACCUAACUGGAAACCUUUCUCUGACGUAACACUCCCUCGAGAAGGUGGUAUGCAGGAACCGACUGGGACACUAGAGGCUUCAACUUUGCAGGAGUCCCUUCGACGAUCUGGAAGGACGCGCAGUACCCCUAUUCAUCUUCGGGACUAUGUUACUUAA